CCCAACUCUCGCGCGAUGAGAACUCGGCUGCACUGGCGCCCAACGGCCGCCGCGGGACGAUUCGAACGUGGCGGCGGGGCCUCAGAGAGAGGGCGGGCGGGUGCCGCUGCCUUUCUUUAUUCCUCCUUUACAGACAGGCAGGCGUGUUUGGGAACGCCACAGGCAAGGGGAAACAAGAGCACAAUGAAACGUGAAGCAUUUUUACAAGCUGUGUCUAAGAACUCAGUGGAGGAUUUCUUGCGUUUCACUCAAAGUUCUAAAGAUACAUUUGAUCCGUUCAAUUUGAAUGAAUUACUUCAAGAAUUAUCAAGAAAGCAAAAAGAAGUACUAUGGGAAAGAUUGAGACACCUAUUGAAAGAGACCUUGAUGGAGAAACCUGUGGAAACAUGGCAAAGGUUAGAGGAUGCUGGAAGUGAUGAUGGCAUGGAAGUUGAGAGUUCAACAGAAACGAAACAAACUGUAGCUGUGAUCCAAGGAGUGACAGCUGUAGUUACUGCUUCCAUACCUGCAGUGGAUGAAACAGCGAGCUAUGAAGCUCUUCUAGAAUGUGCCUUUAUAUUAAAUGGUAUUGUUUUUGCAUUACCUGAAUCUGAAAAUACCCUACAGAGUGCCAUCCAGCGUGUAUGUGAAAUGUGGUGGGAGAAAGGACUGGAAGGAAAGGAGCAGCUAGGGAAAACAGCAUUUAUUAUACUGCUAAGAAAAAGUCUGAGCAAAGUUGCUACGGGUGCAGACAUCGUUUGUCUAUGGAAACUACAUCAGACCUUACUUUGUUUUGAUUAUGAUUCAGAGGAGAGUAAUGAAAUCAAAGACCUGUUACUUCAGUGUUUUAUGAGCGUAAAGCACAUCAAAAAAGAAGAGGGAAGAAGAAUUUUGAGCUUUUUCUUCAGCUGGAAUGUCAACUUCAUUAAAAUGAUACAUGGAACUGUUAAGAACCAAUUACAGUUUUUUCCAAGAUCCUUGAUGGAAUACAUUUCAGAAAUUUACUUCAGAGCAUGGAAGAAGGUGUCAGGAGAAACUUUAGAGGUGCUUGAACACAGCUGUAUUCAGGAUUUCAUGCACCAUGGAAUUCAUCUUCCCAGAAGUUCUUCUGUUUAUUCUAAAGUUAGAGAGAUCCUGAGUUAUUUUCACAAACAAAGUAAAGCUCGCCAAGGAGUUGAAGAAAUGCUCUAUCGGUUGUAUAAGCCCAUCCUCUGGAGAGCACUGAAGGCAAGAAACUCAGAAGUUCGAUCAAAUGCAGCAUUUUUGUUUAUUGAUGCUUUUCCUAUUCGUGAUCCUAGUUUUAACACUGAAGAGAUGGAUGCUGAAAUUCAGAAACAAUUUGAAGAACUUUUUAGACUCUUGGAAGAUCCUCAUCCAGUUGUCCGCUCUACAGGGAUACUUGGAGUCAGUCAGAUAACAUCCAAAUACUGGGAGAUGAUUCCUCCGACAGUGGUUGCUGAUCUUUUAAAAAAGCUAAUUGAUGAGCUGGCGUGUGAUGUAACUUCUGCUGAUGUUCGAUGCUCUGUUUUUAAAUGUCUACCAAUAACUUUGGACAACAAAUUAAGUCAUCCAUUACUGGAACAGCUCCUGCCAGCAGUUAAACACAGCCUUCAUGACAAUUCAGAGAAAGUGCGAGUGGCUUUUGUAGAUAUGCUGCUGAAAGUUAAGGCUAUGAAGGCAGCAAAGUUCUGGAAGAUCUGUCCCAUGGAGCAUCUUCUGGCUCGUCUGGAGGUUGAUUCACGGCCCGUGUCACGGCGCAUAGUGAAUCUCUUGUUCAACUCCUUCCUGCCCGUUAACCAGCCUGAGGAUGUGUGGUGUGAGCGCUGCAUUACUUUGAUCCAGAUGAAUGCAGCAGCAGCUAGAAAGUUCUAUCAAUAUGCUCACGAGUAUACUGCCGCCACCAAUAUAGCUAAAUUGAUGCUAACUAUUCGACGCUGCUUGAAUGCCUGCAUCCAGAAAGCAAUGAAAGAGCAUUUUGAUGAUGAUGGUGAAGAUGAAGGUGAAAAGGAGAACCAAAAUGUGUUGAAUGAUGUGUUGUCAGUAAAUGAUGUGGCCAGCAUGGCAAGUUUAUUGGAGAUUACAGUGAUUCUCUGGAGAAGUAUUCACAAAGCGUUGGAUCACAAUGAAGAUGCCAAAGAUUACACCAUAAGAAAGUUUGCUUCUGUGCUUCCUGAGUAUUUAAAAGUAUUUAAGGAUGACCGCUGCAUAACUCCAUUGGUUAUCCUGGCAUCCUUUAUGCCCCCUGCUGCUAUUCCUACAUUCAGCUGUGGUGUGAUCUCCAAACUCAGAAACAUGGACAGUGGGGCUGACCAAAGCAAAUACUCUACUCUGAUAGACUGUAUGUGUCGCUGGGGUCAAGUGAGCCAUGUGUUGGAACUUGCCUGUGACUGGUUGUCAGACACGCUAACCCCAAAAAAGAAUGUUAAAACAUCAGAACGGCGAGUACGUAUCCACGUGACACAUGAAUCGAAGCCAGAAUUAGCACUUGAUUACAUUGAAUAUUUAUUGACUCAUCCUGUUAAUCGUAGUUACCUACUCUCUGUUCCUAAAAAGAAACUGAACCAUCUUCUGAAAGUUCUCAGUGCUGCUAAGGAGAUUCUUGGCUCAGUUCUGAAAACAAUUGAAAUGAAUCGUGGUAGCUGCAAUCAAGGAACUGGCUUAAGAGCCUUCAGCCUGUGUUGCAGGUUGAGUAUUCAUCUUCAAAACAAGUUUUCGGAAGAAGGAAAAGAUUAUCUGUCACAUCUGCAGGACAUGGGAGCUUGGGUAGAAAGUCACAUUUUACCUUUUCUACUCGCAAGUGAACAAGAGGAUGGAAUUUCAAAACAGAGUAAUGUUCCUGAAUUAAUAAUCCAGGCCUAUCUGUCAAUCUGCAAAGAUGUCAUAAUGGUUGGUCUUGGAAAUGUCAAGUUUCAACUGCACUUUUUAGAUAUGGCACUUUCAGUAAUACAAACAGCCAGGGGUGCCUUUUGUACACCAAUACUAUUGUGUGCACUAAGAGAAAUUACUGAAGCUUCUCUGACUCAGAGCACUGAGGUGGAUGAAGUAGCAAAUGUCCUCCAUGCUGUUCAGACCAUGUUCCAGAAGGUUUUAGAAUGUGUUGCAAGCAGAAUCAAGGAGCAGCCGGGAGAUGGGAUUCAGUUGAUUCAGUCUAUUCAAACGCCUCUUGGAGAUUUCUUACACGCAGUCCAGUGCUGGCAUUCAUUUUGCCCAGCAGUUCACCAGAGUGUGUUCUCCACUCUCCUAGCUGCAGUACUGGCAGAGAUCAAGUAUGCGCUACAGGAGGCUUCCAGUGAAAAAGCUUUCACAAUACCAAGGACAGUUUCAGACCUUCCACCUCUUUCAAGCAGCUUAAUGGCAAUCAUUAUGAAGUCUGUUAAUGUGGUCAGGUCAUUUUUAAAUGAAUUACUGGAAUGCAUUCUAUCUGAAGAAAUUGAAGGGAUUUUUAGUCUUACGUCUGUGGUAUGCACUGUAAUUGUAAUUAAAGGUAAGCACAAAACUUCACUUCUAAAAGAUGUUGCACCUGUCAUUCAGAGAAAGCUUAUAACUUACAAGGAAGCUGCCACAGAAGAAUCUAACAAUACUGAAAGAAUUCUGUACGAAUCGUCUCAGAAAAUUUUGGAUGAACUUCUGAAUCCUUGACCAUGUGGAAGCUUCUGUCAUGAAAACCAAAAGAUACAUUGUUUAAAAGGAAGUAUUAUAUAGUAAAUUUAUUAAUUGUUAAGAUUUAUUUUCUGCUAUUCUGUACAGUUAAGAAGACAAAAAAGCAUAGGAGUGUAUAUAGAAAUCAUGCAGUAUUAAAGAUUGUCAGAGACCUUUAAGAAGGUUGUUUGUAUAAAUUUCAUUGCGGGGGGGAGAGUAAAAAUCACUAUCUUGUUUUUAUCUACUAGAGUAGAUAGUAGAGUUCAACCCUGACACAUGCAAAGUCCUCUACCUGCAAUGGAUAAAUUCCAUACUGCAGCAGAAGAGCAAUCUCAUUGCUGUCUUCAUCUACGCGAUAAGGGUUUGGAGAAGACUUUUCUCAGAAGUAGAAAUCAAGGAAACGAGGCAAUGGAUGCAAGUUGCAGCAAGAGAAAUUGGACAUGUGACAGUUUUUUCCUGGUAAAAGUGAAACAAAACAACAGGAACAGGUUUGCCAGAAAGACGGUGCAAGAUCCAUCCCUGGAGCUGACAAGAACUCAAUUGGCCAGUGUGACUUCCUCUCAAUUUAAAUAAGCUUAAUUGUUUUGUAUUUGGCUUUUCUUACAAAUUAAUACCACAGGCGAUGCAGACGUGUAAGCCACUUGUUUAGCUUUUUAAUGUGAACAGCUGCUCUCUUGAAACUAGUAAUGCAAUGUUGAUUGCAGAAUGUUGUUUUGCUUUAACUGAGGCAUGUAUAAAUUAGAUAUAUCAAGUUCACAAUGCUAUGUUUUUGCCUGUUUUAGGUCUACUGGGCAGCCCCAGAAACUGAUUCAGGUAGGGACUUAAAAGAUGGCAAACAAUGACUAUCUUAGACUUGGAUAUCUCAUGGUUGUCUACGAAGUGGGAUGGAAUGCUUCUCAUUUAGUGCUUACACAAAUGGCUCGUUGACAUCUCCAGUGUUACUGAGUGGCACUGGCACUGAAAUCAGUAAAUUUACCUGAAUUAAGUCAGACUUUUAAUUCUUGAUUAGGAUCUGUGCACAGUGCUCUUCUGCCAUCUAUCUAAACAGGCAUCUUUGUAGUACAUUAAUCUUCAGUGUAGAAGCUUACAUAACUGGAAUGUUGAUAUUUAAAAAUAAUCACAUCCUUAGUAAACUGUCAGACUUUGCAACAGUAAAGUCAGUGCAUAUGCUUAUAGAGAAGUGAAUUCCAGAUUUACUUUCUCCACAACAGUAGCCCAAGCCAAAAUCUAUCCUGCCACAGCAGGUAGCUGUAGAUCUGCCAACUGUUUAUCUAUCAACAUCUUUUUAGAAACUGGGUGUCCUUUGGCCUUCAUUCUUCUACAUCUGCUAACAGGCAGGUGUUCCUGUAAUGACCUUUUAAAUCUUCUGAUUAUACAAAUUAGGUAACGAGUAUGUAAAUCACUAUAGAUUUUUCUUCCGCUUUUGGACUUUUGCUAUUUGCUCACACUAGAUGAUAAGAAUUACUGCCAUUUUGUUCUCCUCAGUCUCUAACACUGCUUUUUCAGUUGCAUUUUGUUUUUCUUGAUGGACUAACUGUUACGGACCCAGUAUUCCAGGUCCUGAAAUAAAGAUAACUGUCAACAACAGAAAUAGGCAGAUAUAUUCUGAGGAACUUGGAGGUGAGGUUGCCAAGAAGGAUUAAGAAAGCUUGAAGACGAACCUUUGUCUUCCUGGUGGCUGAUGCUCAAGUGGUGCUCCAGGGGGUUGAAAUAGUUCUACAGUAGCAGUGCUGAUGUAGAUCUCAAGAUCCAACCCAGCUCUAUUAUAGCUCCUCUCCUAGCUGAAAAACCAUUGGUUUUCUGCAACACAGGCACUGAUCUCUGAAUUCCUUGUGACAAAAUCUGUCAUGUGUUUUCUCCUUGGGUCUUUGUAAAUUUUCCAACACUGUACUCAGAUUUUACUCGAUUUUCUCGCUGCAAAAUAAGAUUUGUCGAACUGUUACAUCCUUACAAUGUUCUUGUUUUCAAGAUAUAAAGUGUCCAUUUCUUAAGUUUCAUUAGCUUUUUGAAACUUGUAGAUCAACACAUUUUAUCUUGCUAAUUGAGAGUGCCUUUGCAGUAUUGCUGGGGGAGAGGGACUGGUGUUUGCUUAUUGUUACAGGGUGACUGAUAUUGAGUUUAUUUGGCUUUCUAUACUAUCAAAACUGUAUGUAAUAGAACUUCCCACAGUUUUCAGACGCACUGAGAUCUGUUCAGUUUUCCUAGAGGAUAACUUUGACUUUGGUUAAUAAAAUUGUUUGAAAUAUGACCAAUAUAACAUCAUUCUAAGAUGCUCUUUGGGCAGUUUGCCUUGGCAGUCGUUGUUAACAUACAACUACCUGAAGAAUAAGUUUUCUAGUCAGAAGUUGUACCUAUAAAUGGCAUGCUUAUGGUUCUCCCCAUACGUGUAUACCCAGAUUAAGUAUUUGGUGAAGAAAUGAAUUUCUUUAAAUGAUUUCAUGAAUCUUAUCUUCAUUAGUUUGCUGUAUUUGUUAGGGGUUUGGUCCCAUUUUUUGAGAACAAAGUUAGUUUGCUCUGUUUUCUGGCUGGGAAACAAGGCCCAGCAGUCUUCCAUCUAUAACAGCUUCAAGUGAUGAGCUGAAGGAAACCCAGGGAAGAUCUCAAGCUUACUCCUUAGCAAACAAAAAUGUCUUCAAGUGUGGAUCCAACUGCACAACCUUUGAAGCUUGCCAAGGAAAAGGAAAAAUAAAUCUGUUUUGUACCUGAUGUUUAAUCUAAUGAUAGCUGCAAUUCACUUUGCAUUCCUAUUUGCAUGUACUGCUGUUAAGUGCUUUGAGGUCUUCUGGCUUAGAAAAGGAAAUCAGAGAGACUAAUUUUGAAGACACAUUCAUCUCUUGGUAAGCACUUAGCAAAAAAAAUAUCAUGAGGACUGUGAUGCAAAAUGAAUUAACUUGCACUGUUAUUCCCUGAUCUGCUUCUAUUGUGAAUGAAGACCACUUGCCAUUUCCUUCCAUGGCUGUACUGAGAGCAGCAAUAGUUGCAGCUGACUGUUCCAGCUGGCACAGCGUGUUUUGGUACUUUUAUCUCGACGAUUAGCUGCUCAAGGACAGCUUUCAGGAGUAGCCUUUCCCUUUUCCCAGGCAGCCAGCAGUUCUCUUAAGCCAUGGCAACUAGGCACAUGUUUAUUCUAAUGUACUUCAGAUAAUAAGAGUUCUUAGUCCUGGGCUCUGUUCAGCCACCUGGCUGAGCAUAACCUUACUCACAGCCCUAGGCUUCUAGCGGCUAUGUAAUUUAAUUGUGCUGUAAUUGUAGCUUUAGUUUAGCCAGAAGUCAUUGGAGUCUUUUUCACAAGGUUACAUCGUUCAGCAGACAUUCCUUACAUCUUCUCUAAUGCGUCUUCUAACCAUGGGUUAAUACAUCAGAGGCCUGGGGAAGCUGCAGAAAUUGCGUGCAUUAUAGUACUGAUGGAACUUCAGCAGUGGAAAUGAACCUUCUGCUCUGUCAGUCAGCAGUUUUUCCAGGCAGUACCAGUGGCAGUUCUGUUGCUGUUACUUUAUUUCUCCUCACGACUUGGAAGUAGAAGCUGUUACCAGCUUUUAUCUGGUUUGAUUGGCAGAGGACAACAUUGCUAUUGUAAAAGUAAGACUUCUCAAAGUUAUGACUUCACAAGUCUUUCCUUUUCAUUUAUGUUACUUCAGAUUUCAUGUUACUAAAUUCUUUCUAUGUAACAUUCUAGUCCUGUUUUUGAUUCUGCUGCAAAUAAGUUACAAAUACUUACAGUGUGCGUGCGGUGCUGUCAUUAAUGACAAUAUCAUAUGAGGUGCCUUUCCAAAACAUCAUUAGUAAUUCUUUUUAAACCAAAUCUAUUUCCCUCUUCCAUUCAAUUAGUCCCUCACCCUCCUGUAAUGAUUCCUGUAAUAAUCCUUGUUCUGGUUUUAAUAUUGUUUUUACAUGCUACACUAAGAUGCUUUGUUGUAAAGCCUUCCAUUUAAACCAUUACAUUUUAGCAGUCCUUGCUGGUAAGGCACAGGAAUCCUGUAGGGCCUUAUGCCUACCUCAAGGAACAGAUAGGACAGAGCCAGCCCAGCUUCCUUCUGGGUUCUUUGCCUAUAUGAUGCCAUAUGGUUUUUUGCCUCGUGGGGGAAUUAUUAAAUGCACAAAUUGUGCUGGUCAUAUGAAUAAAGAAUAUUGAUCUGG